UCCAGGGCCAGGAAAUCAGACUCCAGUUUGGGGGCCAUCCAGGAUCUUCUCCUUUUCUCUCCCCCUAAAGUCUAAGGCAUGAUGACCUCACCCUCCGUGACAUCUGCUUCCUUCAUGCCCUUCAACAGUGGCCUCCAUAGCCCACCAAUACCUUAGCCCUGCCAUUCCAAAGCACAACUUACAAUUUGCCCUCAGACACAUUGAAGGUAGUCAUGUCACACUCAUCCGCCAUUGCGCUAUCCUCUCACUCCCAAAUAAGUAAUCACACCCCAUCCUUCCCUACCCUCAACUGUCCCUCUAGGAGAUGGAUGGAGACCACCAACAUAUUUCACCCAAGCGCUGUCAGGCAACAAAAACUUUGGUGAGCGAGAACCAGCACCCUAGAGGAGAAAGGCUCCAUAUCGAAUUCCUGAGUCAGACAGUUGCUUAGACUGUGAGCAUGCCCUACACCCUAUUUCCCAGUCCACAGACUUUAAAUCUUUGUGCUGACCUGGGCUCAGAUUCAGACCAAACUACCUAGAGGUGUAAAGCUCCAUAUACCAGUUACUAUAAAGAAACCUGUUACUCAUUACAUGGCUGUACUGUAACUAGUGCUCAAGGCGAGGAAGGGUCCAGUCCCAUUGAGGUACCCUCUCUCACAACAUGGGGACAGACUGGAAUGAAGAACCAAGCAAUGAAUGUCUCAUUAUCCCAUUGCAAUUCUUCUGUGCAUCCUGUCCCAUUCUUUAAAGCAGCCCCCAGGCAUUGUUUUUCAAAGCCCAGACGUCCCUGAACACUCACACUUUCCCUCUAGACGAUGCCCCAUUUUCAGGUCACAGCCAAGUGAAGGUGGAAAUCUAUGGACUUUGAGUGUUCUCCAAAAUUUCAUUUAAGGACAUUUUGGAAGAUCUUAUCGGGAAGGUUUACAUUUCUUAUCAGGGCUAUUAAUGCGAUAAGGAAAGCUCUGGACUGUGUGUUUAUAAGAAGCAGCACCCAGGCAAUUCUCUACAUUCACCAUUCAGCACCACUGGCUUGCGUGUCAGAAAACAUCAUGAAGUGGCUUCUGCUCCUGAGUUUGGUGGCGCUCUCUCAGUGCCGGGUGACCAAGGUCUCCCUGAAGAAGGGGAAAUCCCUGAGGCAGAACCUUAAGGAACAUGGCUUGCUGGAGGAUUUCCUGAAGAAACACCCUCGCAACCUGGCCUCCAAGUAUUUCCCCGGCCUGGCCAACGAGGCUGCCAGUGAACCCCUAUCAAAUUACAUGGACAUGGAGUAUUAUGGAACCAUCUCCAUCGGCACCCCAGCCCAGGAGUUCUCCGUCCUCUUCGACACUGGCUCCUCCAACCUGUGGGUGCCCUCCGUGUACUGCUCCAGCGCAGCCUGCACAAACCACAACCAAUUCAACCCAUCAGACUCCUCCACCUAUGAGGCCAUUAAUGAGAGUCUCUCCAUCCAGUAUGGCAGUGGCAGCAUGACCGGCUUCCUGGCCUACGACACCGUCCAGGUUGGAGGCAUUGUGGACACCAAACAGAUCUUUGGCCUGAGUGAAACUGAGCCCGGCACAGCCUUUGAGUACUCUGAAUUUGAUGGGAUCCUGGGUCUGGCCUUCCCAAGCAUCGCCUCUUCUGGAGCUACCCCCGUCUUCGACAACAUGAUGAAUGAGGGUUUGGUGUCACAGGACCUCUUCUCUGUCUACCUGAGCUCUGAUGAGCAGAGUGGGAGCUUCGUGAUGUUUGGCGGCAUCGACUCAUCUUACUACUCUGGGAGCCUGAACUGGAUCCCUCUCUCUGCUGAGACUUACUGGGAAAUCACCAUGGACAGCAUCACCAUGAAUGGAGAGACCAUCGCUUGCUCUGGUGGCUGCCAGGCUAUCAUUGACACUGGUACUUCUCUGCUGGCUGGGCCCUCUACUGGCAUCUCCAACAUCGAGUCCUACAUCGGCGCCAGCGAUGGCACGAUCAGCUGCAGUGCCAUGAGCAGCCUGCCCAACAUCGUCUUCACCAUCAACGGCAUCGAGUUCCCUGUGCCCCCCAGUGCCUACAUUCUUGAUGAGUCUGGCUCUUGUAGCUCUGGCUUUGAAAGCAUCGACGUCUCCACCUCCUCUGGAGAGCUCUGGAUCCUCGGAGAUGUCUUCAUCAGCCAGUACUACGUUGUCUUUGACAGGGCCAACAACCAAGUGGCCCUGGCCUCUGUGGCAUGAACACAGCGCCGUUCCUCGGACACUGCCAUGGAACACUGACCCUGGAAAGUCUCUGUUUCUCUAGGGCCCCAACUCCGCGUAUCAGUCUAGUAACCCCACCCCAC